AAACUGUCCCACCCACGCCGCGUUGAAUUGUGGGAUUGAAUCCUAAACGACAACAAAACUAUCUUCGCUCGCAAAGAUAAAGGUUUGUUUUCCCGUAUUCAUGAGCAUUUCGUUACACCACCUCCCCAGAGAAGGAGAAAUGGAAAACGUGCAUCUGGCUGUGGAGGAGGAUGAUAUUUAUUCGGGUUACAACGACUAUAAUCCAACAUUUGAUUCCGAGGAGUUGGAGAAUGAUGUGGGCUUCCAGCAAGCAGUGAGGACCAGUCAUGGAAGAAGACCUCCGAUGACUGCCAGAUUUCCUGGCACUGCCAUUGGAGCUCGGCCUUUAGCGUCUUCCUUUGGAUCUCGUAUACCUAUGGCCUCUUCAAUGGGCCGACCCAUGACUGGAGCUGUGCAGGAUGGAGCAGCCCGACCAAUGACUGCUGUCAGAGCAGCAGGUUACACAUCCUCCCUGACCCGUGGCUCAAACUUUGACCCUCUGGGCCAGUCCAGAGGCCCCGCUCCUCCACUUGAAGCCAAGAAUGAGGACACGCCUGAGGAGAAGAUCAAGAUCCUGGAGAAGAAAGUUAAUGACCUGAUAGAAGAGAGCUGCAUGGCACAGAGCAUUGGAGCCUUACAACUGGCUCUUGAAAAAGCCAAAGAGGCAGGGAGGAAGGAGAGAGCCCUGGUGAGACAGAGGGAACAGUCUGGCAAUGCAGAACACAUCAAUUUAGACCUCACCUACUCUGUUUUGCUCAACCUUGCCAACCAGUAUGCUAACAAUGAAAUGUACCCAGAGGCCCUAAACAGCUACCAGGUCAUUGUGAAGAACAAGAUGUUCAGUAAUGCAGGCCGGCUGAAGGUUAAUAUGGCAAACAUCUAUGUCAAACAGAAGAACUACCCCAAAGCCAUCAAGUUCUACCGAAUGGCAUUAGAUCAGAUCUCCAACGCUCACAAGGAAAUGAGGAUCAAGAUCAUGCAGAAUAUCGGCGUGGUCUUUGUCCGUAUGGGCCAAUACUCCGAUGCCAUAACGUCUUUUGAGCACAUCAUGAGUGAGAGCCCCAACAUCAAGACGGGCUUCAACCUUAUUCUUUGCUACUAUGCCAUUGGCGAUAGGGAAAGGAUGAAGAAGGCCUUUCAGAAGCUCAUCUCUGUUCCUCUGGGAAUCGAUGAUGAAGACAAGUACAUCCCAUCUAAUGAUGACGCUAGCUCAAAUAUGGUCAUCGAGGCCAUUAAGAACGACAAACUUCACCAGAUGGAGAGAGAUCUAAAAGUCCUGGCUGAGAAGUUCAUCAUGACCUCAGCCAAGCUCAUCGCUCCGGCCAUUGAGACUUCUUUUGCUACUGGAUUUGACUGGUGUGUGGACAUGGUGAAGAGUUCUCAGUAUGUUGAGCUUGCCAACGAUCUAGAGAUAAACAAAGCCAUCACCUACCUUAGGCAGAAGGACUUCAACCAGAUUGAGGCGGUGGAAACUCUGAAGACAUUUGAGAAGAAGGACAGCAGAGUGAAGAGUGCUGCAGCCACCAACCUCUCUUUCCUCUACUUCCUGGAGAAGGACUAUGACCAGGCUGACCGAUAUGCUGACCUUGCCAUGAACGCUGAUCGCUACAACCCGGCAGCACUUAUCAACAAAGGCAACACGGUGUUUGUCAAGCAAGACUAUGAAAAGGCUGCAGAGUUCUACAAAGAAGCACUGAGGAAUGAUUCCUCCUGCACUGAGGCCCUCUACAACCUGGGUCUAACCUAUAAGAGACUGAAUCGUCUAGAAGAGGCUCUGGACUGCUUCCUGAAGCUCCAUGCUAUUCUGAGGAACAGUGCCCAAGUCAUGUACCAGCUGGCCAACAUCUAUGAGCUUCUGGAAGAUCCCCAACAGGCAAUCGAGUGGCUGAUGCAGGUCAUCAGCGUAACUCCCACUGACCCCCGGGCACUGGCCAAACUGGGAGAGCUGCAUGAUGGCGAGGGCGACAAGUCCCAGGCAUUCCAGUACUACUACGAGUCCUUCAGGUACUUCCCCUCCAACAUCGAUGUGAUUGAAUGGCUCGGGGCUUACUACAUUGAGACACAGUUCUGUGAGAAGGCCAUUCAGUACUUUGAAAGAGCCACACUCAUACAACCAACCCAGGUGAAGUGGCAACUAAUGGUGGCAAGCUGCUACAGAAGAAGUGGAAACUACCAGAAAGCUCUGGAAACGUAUAAAGACAUUCACCGCAAGUUUCCGGAAAAUGUGGAAUGCCUGCGUUUCUUGGUGAGGCUGUGCACAGACAUGGGAUUGAAGGAAGUCCAAGAAUAUGCCACCAAGCUGAAGAAGGUGGAGAAGAUGAAGGAGAUCAGAGAACAGAGGGUUAAGUCAGGGCGGGAGGGCAGUGCCAGGGGUCGGAGAGAAGGCAGAGAGGGCAGCGCCGGGAGUGCUGCAGGCGUCUCCACACCUGUCCUCACCUCUCCCAAGAAGGCCAGCAUUAUGGACAGUGGACACAGCAGCAACAGCACUAAAGGAGAGCGGCUGAGUGCCAAGAUGAGGUCACUUCCUGGUUCCAAUGAGCCCUACGAGGCCAGCAGCCCAAAAGAAAUAGAUGCGUCUUAUGUGGACCCACUUGGGCCUCAGAUGGAGAGACCAAAGACGGGAGCCAAGAGACGCGUGGAGGACGACGACUUUGCAGAUGAAGAGCUGGGAGAUGACCUGCUGCCAGAGUAGCUGCUUCUACCCUCUGUCUUCACUGCACUGUCGGGAACAUUUGCUCUCUUGUCACCUUUUGAAAGGCAAGAGCACAAAGUUUAACCACAAAACCAAAAUAUUUUAAACUCACCUCUUCAGCAACAAAAACACAAACGUUACAGGAUAAAGAUUUUAUUUUUCAUGGGCA